GAAACCAACAAACAAGAAAUGGUGGAGGCUACCAGACUGAAGAGAGGCAUUUUUCCGAAUAAACGUGCCUAUAGUAAGUACCAUGGAAACAAGCAGCCAGUCUGCCAGUAUUGAGGAGAUAACCUGUGAGGUCAUCACUGUCACUAUUGGAGCAAAACACUGCUGCAGAUGAAUUCCAGAAGAUUGGGACUGAUGACACAAUAAGCAAGGACUGCUGUCGAAUAUAUUUCCAAAUAACCACAGAUUGCGCUCUCAGGUGAAUAAUCUGAUGUCUGUGGACAACUGGUUUGUUGCGAAUGAAGAGUAUGACAACUAUCAGUUUAAAGACUCAAAGGUAUUUAAAUAGAAGCACUACCCUUUCUGUCAUUGGAGGACUUGCAGAAGCUGACCUCCAAGCUGCCAUGGACCAAUGCAUUGAAGGUCUGGAAACUGAACACCUCUCUGAAGAAGAGGACCCCAUAGACGGUCCCAAGGGGAGAGGAGGGCGAGAUAGAGACCAAGGCAAAGCCAACAAAGACAUUGUGGAGAAGGAUGCCAUUGAGACUGUCACCACAGAGACCUAGAAGCUGGAGCUUGAGAAUGGGCUCCAGAAAGAAGAACUGGGACCUGUAUCCACACUGUGUAAGAGAGAUGGCCCAGGUGUCCCAACCAGGCUCAGGGAAGGCUGUCAUCCUGACCCAGGAUAAGAAAUGCUUUCAAAAGGCAAUGUACCACACAUACAGUAAGACUGUGUAAUUCGUGGUGGAGUGGGGUGGACAGACGUGUCCUAACCUGUCUGUUCUGGAAGGCAUCUGGAAUAUUCCAGGGUUUCCAAAAAAUGAGUAGUUGAGGAAGUUGGAUCAUAUUGAUUUCAUUAAUCCACAACAAUAUUAUCUGUGUGAACAAACCUCUAUUGUGAAAGUAUAGUACAGUAUAGGACUGAGUCUACUCUGAUUCUGGUGUAGAUGGGCCCUUGGCCAGAUGGCUUUUCUCCAAGCAAUACUGUGGUGUUUUAGCGUUAAUGAUUUGUGCAAUGAAUGUUUUUGUGAUGGGGUGUAUCUGUCUUCCUCAUGCUAUAUUGAGGGUUGGAGGACUCUGGCGGAAGCACCACACUGCCUGGGUCAAUGUAGGUGGCCUACACGCAGGGGUGUUCCUCCUCAAACAGACAGCAGGGAUCUUUGGCCAAACCCCAGAAGACGUCCGGGAACCACGAGAAGAAAAAGCAGCAAAGGAAAAGGAGGAUAAGUGGCCAAGUCAGAGAAAGAGCCACCUUUAGACAAAGGAGUUAUUCCAUGGUUAGGUCACGCCCUUGAGUUUGGAAGAGAUGCUGCCAAGUUUCUAAACCGUAUGAAGGUGAAGCAUGGCGAUAUCUUCACGGUGCGUGUGGCUGGGCGCUAUGUGACAGUGCUACUGGACCCCAGCUCUUAUGAUGCUGUGAUAGAGGACUCUGUGUCCCUAGACUUCACACGCUACGCACAAGUUCUCAUGGACAGAAUAUUCAGCCUGCAGCUCCCCCAUCACAACCCUGCUGUAGAGAAGGCCCUAACAAAACAGCACUUUGAGGGCGGGAGCCUAUCCUGCCUGAGCAGCACCAUGCACCGCCACCUUCAGUCCCUGCUGCUGCAAGCCCAGAGGCCCUGUCACAACCAGACCGACUGGAACACGGACGGGCUCUUCAGCUUCUGUUACAGUCUUCUCUUCAGGGCAGGGUACCUCACACUUUUUGGAGGGGAGCAGAACAACAAUAGAACAGACCCCACUGACGUCUAUGAGGAGUACCGGAAGUUUGACAACCUCCUGACCAAAAUGGCCAGGACCACACUGAAGCCAGAGGAGAAGCGGACCGCCCAGAGUGUGAGGGGGCGUCUGUGGGAGUUGUUGGCCCCGGCGGGGCUGGGAGAGGGCUCCGGGUCCAGCCCCUGGCUGAGAGACUACAGGCACCUUCUGCGGGAAGAGGGAGCUGACGAGGAAACUCAGAGGAGAGCCUUGCUGCUGCAGCUGUGGGCCACACAGGGUAACGUUGGACCUGCUGCAUUCUGGCUGUUAGGUUUCCUGUUGACAAACCCUGAGGCCAUGAGGGCGGUGAGAAGAGAGUUCAGCAGCAUCUCCGAGCAGGACUCUGCAAUGUGUCCCCUACUGGACAGGCUGCAGCACACACCUGUGUUUGACAGUGCCUUAGAGGAGACUCUGAGGCUCAGUGCUGCCCCGUUCAUCACCAGAGAGGUAGUGCAGGAAAAGACCCUGCAAAUGGCCAAUGGGCAGGAGUACCAGCUCAGGAGAGGGGACAGAGUGUGUCUGUUCCCCUUCAUUAGCCCUCAGAUGGAUCCUGAGAUCCACCAAGAACCACAGAGAUUCAAGUAUGAACGCUUCCUCAACAAGGACGGAUCUGUGAAGAAGGACUUCUUUAAAGGAGGAAGACGGCUCAAGUACUACACCAUGCCAUGGGGCGCAGGCACCAACGGCUGUGUGGGCAAACGCUUUGCCAUCAGCUCCAUCAGACAGUUUGUGUAUCUGGUCCUGUCUCAUCUGGAACUGGAGCGGUGUGACUCAGAGGCUCAGAUGCCAGAGGUGAACUCCAGUCGCUAUGGGUUUGGAAUGUUGCAGCCUGAAGGAGAUCUGGCCAUCAGAUAUAAACCUAGACAUUCACAUUGAAGACAUGAUGUUGAGAUCUCUCAAACCAGACGUGAAGUCUGGUUUGUGAAGUUUAGGCUAAUUUCAAAAAAUGUAUGACAAUAUGUCCAUAUAAUGUAUUGUAUCUAUUUUUGUAUCAGCACAAAUGUACAGUGUAAUGUGUUAUUUAUCUUUAAUUAUAAUGUAUAUAUUUCACUUUAAAAUUGCCACUUCAUAACAAUAAAAUUGUUUUUUGUUCUAGACUA